AUGGCACCUUUUCAAUGGUACUGGAUGUAUCCGGUCAUUGCAAUGGCAUACCGAGCAGCCCAGAGUAGACGGAAGGCACAAAACCGAGCAGCUCAAAGAGCCUUCCGGGUUCGCCAACAGCAAGCUUUAGAAGAAGCGCAAGCGAAGUUGCGCUCUUUGAAGGAAGAACUGGAGGGAGUGAGCAGAAGAAAAGACCAUUUCGAACAACUGUACAAGAGUCUCCGUCGCGAGCAUGAGCGACUCCUCAAGACGUUCCAGGAGCUGAUGUUAUCGGUUCAGUCUAGGUCCCUGGAGACUGGAGUGUAG